AUGAACGAUGCUUCCCCGCCUAUCUCGCCGGCGUCCCGAACAAACUCGACUGCCAACCAGCGCGACGAAACCCACGUUCCCAACGGUCCCUCGUCUGUAGGACGCGACCAUGAACCCGGCACUCGGUCCUCGCGGCGGCGACGGCGGCGAAAGACGAUCAAGCCCGACGCUGGACUCGUCAAGAAGUUUGAUUUCGUGACACAUCUGCUGAAGAACCUGGACAUGCUCGUCUAUGCCGAGCUUGCGGCGCAAUACUACAUGGAAUGCUCUGCCGUCCGCUUCUUCAUGCGAGCGUGGUGUCAGCAAAACUUCCUCAGUCCGAAGCCUGACGACUGGCCAAUACCACUGCCUGCUAUCCAGGCGCAGAUCCUCUCCGUCUUCUUCCCGGCGCUGUUGUGCGUCCUGGCGCACAUCUUUGAAUCCCUACCAACAGCUGCUGAGACGUCGCGCGGGUAUCUGCAUGGGGGCAUGAUUGUGGACUUCAUCGGUCAGAGGCCUCCCGCGUCGAGGCUGACCCUUCUUGCCCUGGACCUGGUGAUAUUGGCUGUUCAGGGGCUCAUGCUCGCAGGCCACGUCGAAAGAGAGAGACUCCGACUGAUCACGCGCCCGAAACGCUCGCGGCUUAUCACGGCGCUUUCUGAGGAUCUCGGCGCUGCGGAUUCGAUCUCUGAGGGACGUGAACAUCACUCCGACGAAAAUCAUGCUGCAGGCGUGGCGGACGGGGAGGAAAAUGGAGGCAUUGAGAUGCAGUCCCUCCGAAGAAACGACAGCCAACCUUUGGGCGCAGAAGGGGACACGGAAGAGCGGCGACCGUUUCUCUCUGACACCCCAAUAGCGCUGCCGACGAGGCGGAUCGCACUGGUCGACGUCAUGAACUCUGGAAACGGCAUGCUUCGAGACUUGGACGUCUUCCACACGUUGCGCAACUCAACGCCGGACUUCUGGGGUGCCGUAGGCCACGCGCUUCAGUCGAUAGGGUACCAAGCCACGUUGGCUCGAAUCGCAGGCCGCGCUCGAACGCUGGCAUUCGGGAGCAAUCAGACAGCAAGAUAG